AUGUGGAGUUCAUCGUCGGGGUAUCUGGUGCUUUUUGGGGUCUUCCUGUUGGCUACAUCGUUAGCUGCUCAAAAAAACACCUCAAAUGUCGUUUGCUAUCAGGGAACUUGGUCGACUUAUCGUCCUGGACUAGGCAAGUUCGGAGUGGAAGACAUCGAUCCCUUCCUGUGCACUCACUUGAUCUACGCCUUUCUGGGCAUCGAGGAGACAGGUCAGCUUCGGGUCAUCGAUGCCUAUCUCGACCUCGAGGAUAACAGCGGUCGAGGAAACAUAAAGAACUUCAACGCCCUGAAGCUAAAGAAUCCCACGCUGAAGACUUUGGUAGCCGUGGGCGGCUGGAAUGAGGGCUCGAAAAAAUUCUCAUUGGUGGCCAGCGAUCCUGCAAAGCGCUCGCGGUUUAUAGACGAUACAGUCAAGUUUAUACAGCGACAUGGAUUUGAUGGAUUGGACUUGGACUGGGAGUAUCCAGGACAGCGUCACAGUCUGGAGAACGACGACGAUCGCACGAACUAUAUUACCUUCCUAAAAGAGCUUAAAGAAGGUCUGCAACCCUUUGGCUUUAUACUGACUGCCGCUGUAGGUUCUGCCCAAUUCUCCGCAGAAAUAUCCUACGAUAUUCCAGCAAUAGUUCCCUAUCUGGAUCUCAUCAAUGUCAUGGCCUAUGAUCUUCACGGACCUUGGGAUCCAGUUUUGGGCAUCAAUGCCCCAUUGUAUGGCUCAAAAAAGGAUAAAAGCGAUGCCACAGGACGCCAGCAGCAGCUCAACGUGGACGCCAUUGUCAAAUAUUGGCUACAGGCUGGAGCUCCCGCAGAAAAACUGGUGCUCGGCGUGCCCUUCUAUGGCCGGACAUUCACUUUGGCCAACGCCGAGGAUCACGAACUGGGAUCACCCCACAUUGGAAAGGGAAUAGCGGGAAAGUAUUCGCGAGAACCAGGGGUCCUGGGCUACAAUGAGCUGUGUGAACUCAUGCAGCAGGAGGAUUGGACACAGAAGUGGGAAGAAGAACAAAAUGUCCCCUACGCCUACAAACAACGCCAGUGGGUGGGUUACGAGGAUGUGCGCAGUCUCUCUCUGAAGGCACAAUACGUUCUGGAACACCAGCUGGGUGGCAUCAUGAUCUGGUCCCUGGAGUCGGAUGAUUUCCGUGGCACCUGUGGUAACCAGCGAUAUCCCCUACUCCAUGAGAUAAACAAAGUACUCUUUGGAAGUGAAACCCCCAGUGGUUUGACGGAUGAAUCUAAUGAGAUUACCGAGUCUAAUGAGGGAUAUAGUUGUCCGGCAGACGCCACGGAAGGAUACGUCCGGGACCCUGAGAACUGCUCCAAGUUCUACUUCUGCAACGACGGCAUCACCCACAGUUUUGAAUGUCCUUCAGGACUAGGUUUUGACCCAAAUACGAAGUCCUGCAACUAUUUAUCGUCAGUAAAUUGCUAAAACUUUAA